UACAUUUUGUUUAUCCUACAGACUUGUUGAUUUGUAAUUGGCAGUGCGUAAUCUGUGCUAUAAGACUUCUUCUUUUGUGUUCAAGACAUAAAGAGGUUUGAGGUUGUUCUAUUGAUCCAAUCCUUUGUAUAGGCUGCUGAAAACUAUAACAAAACCCGUCCCCUCUGCCCCGUACAAAGCAAUCGGACCAGCAGAAGAUUCUUCGUUUGAAAGCUUGACACGUAUGCCGUCGCACCACGACCUGAGUAGAUUGAAAAGUUCCGUGUUUAAGAGAAAGAAGAAAAAACUCUCCCCAACCGACCUCACGUAAGCUUUACGUCACCACCAACUACGUCAUCGCAAUAUGACAUCACCACAAAAUCACACAACCGUCAAUGGUAAUGGUUUAAACAACCAAUACGAAAACCCGGUUUACGUUGCCGACACCCCUCUUGAAAAUGACGUAUUCGAUAAUGACGUCAGCACGGAUGACGUCAUGGUGUCUCUUGAAAUCACAGACGAGAUGAAGAAGAAUGCGCAGGAGAAUCCGACAGCAGCAGCAGUCGUCAUCUAUUACUUCCUUCAGCACUCGGGAGACCGUUAACAGCGUUAACUAUGAUGACGUCAUUUCCGCUGAGCGGCUAACUGAAGAAGUUGGCGAGCACAAGAUGAUACCAAUGUCCAAUCUGUCAGUCAACUCUUUGGUCCAAAACCGAAGGCAAAGUGCAGGAAACUUUAGACGUCGAAUGUCGCGCGACGACUUACAAGAUGAGGAAGACGAGUUUUACCAUCGUGAACUGAUACUUAAAAUCCGUAAGACCUUGCCACUAAAGAACUUCCGAGACGAAAUCCGAGCAAGAAGAGACUUGGAAAAGUUCUUGGUGCAACCGGUUGUUGUUUUAGACGUUCCACAUACAAGUUUGGACAAAAUAGUUGAUGAACUUCUCUCUAAACUACAGAAGGAUCUUGAUGUGGAUGAGAAGAUUACAUCACAAGCUGGAAAGUCUUUCUUUACUUUCCAAGAGACUUAUCAAGAUGCAAUGGCAUCUGUGGAUCACUUGAAGGAAACAAUUCAAGGUGUGAGUUACAAACCUGAUGGUGCAGACUAUGAAGAAACAUGGAUAACAGCUCUAUGCACAUUGCCAAUGGUAAACAAGAGUCACGUUGCCAUCGCACGCUUGCGUAAUCCACUCAACUUGGGGAACAAAUGUGAAGAAGUUCAGUUUGUUAUUGCCAUCAUUGCUCCAAAGAAGGAGAAAUUUACAAAGAAUGCUGUUGAGAUUGGCCGCACAUUCUCAUCUAUGAUGUGCAACCGUGGGUUCAGGCACAGCUUGAUGGUAGCUGAGACGGAGAAGCAAUUCAAGGAAGCCUUGAUUGUGCAGAGUGCAAAGUACAAGCGACAAGUCACGGAGUCUCUCUCUGAAGGUGCAAUGCUGGCAGGAGGUGGGGAAGUGGAGUUCCAGUCCCAUAGAGCACAGAGUUAUACAUUGAAGCAAAUGGGCCGAGGAAUCUAUGAUGAUAUAAAGCGAAGAUUGCCCCAUUAUUGGUCAGAUUAUAAAGAUGGAUUUGUGGGUAAACAUACAAUUCACAAAGUGAUCGCAACCAUCCUGUUUCUCUACUUUGCUUGCCUACUACCCGACAUUGCUUUUGGAACAUUAUAUGAGAAAAACACCAACGGCGUUAUUGAUGUGACAUCAUGCAUCAUGUCUCAAACAGUUGGAGGAUUAGUGUUUGCGUUAAUUAGUGGCCAACCAAUGCUUGUGCUAUUGACAACUGCACCCCUUGCCCUCUAUGUAAAAGUAAUAAAGAUUGUAAGUACGGAGUUUAAUUUGGAUUUCAAGGCCAUGUACGCCAUGACUGGGAUAUGGAACGGAAUAUUUUUACUUCUACAAUCAGUCACCAAUGCCAGUAUGCUAAUGAAGUAUUCUACAAGAUCAACUGAGGAAAUAUUUGGAUUUUUCAUUGCGCUUGCUUUCAGUGCAGAUGCAAUCAAAGCUACAAUUGGAAACUUUCAGAAGAACUACAACUUUGAAUGUCCAAACAAAGCGAUCGGCAGUUUAUCUUCAGUUCUCAACAUGACUAUGAACACAAGUGACCCGACCACUGCAACACCAACAGUUAGCUCCUACCCUGCAGAAUGCAUUAGCAAGAUUUUUUGCUGUCGUCCGGAAAAUUCAAUUCUCUUCUUGUUUCUGAUGUGUGGUACCUUGUGGCUGGGGUUGACACUUCUUAGAUUUGAUGAAUCUCAGUUUUUAUCAUCCACCAAGAGAGAGAUCCUGACAGAUUACGCUCUUCCUCUCUCUGUUAUUAUUUUCUCAUUCUUUGGAUCUUAUGUGUUCAGACAAAUACCCCUUGAAGGAUUCAACUACAUACCUGGAAGGUCGUUCUUUACUCUUGCCCCAUUUACUACACUACCACCACUGGCUCAUGUGGGGGCUUGUGGGUUGGGCCUUUGUCUCAGUUGUCUUUUCUUUGUGGAUCAGAAUGUGAGUGCUGCGGUCAUUAAUUCUCCACAGAACAAGUUGGUAAAGGGACCUGCCUACCACUGGGAUCUAAUGGUUGUCGGUUUUAUCAAUAUAUUCCUCUCUAUAUUCAACCUACCGUGGGUCCAUGCAGCCCUCCCUCAUUCCCCAAUGCAUGUCAAGGCACUUGCAGAUGUUGAACAACAUGUUACUAACAUGGGAACUGUACAUGAUGAGAUUGUAAAAGUGAGAGAAACUCGCAUCACAAGCAUUGUGUCUCAUGUAUUGAUUGGCCUUUCAUUGUUGUUUGUGCCUGUGCUUCAAUACGUUCCUAUUGCAGUGUUGCAGGGCUUGUUCUUGUACCUUGGCUUUUCUUCAUUCAGUGGAAACCAAAUGUUUGACCGAAUGAUGCUCAUCUUUACUGAAGGAAGUUCCUACCCACCCAACCACUAUGUGAGAAAAGUUCCACAGAGGAAGCUUCAUCUUUUUACACUGAUUCAGGUGUUAGGGUUGGUUAUUGUGUCCGUGUUUGGUUUUGUGGAUCUUUAUUACAUGAAGAUGAUAUUCCCCGUCAUUAUCCUACUACUUCUGCCAAUACGGCACAAGCUCUUGCCCAAGAUAAUUGAACGGAAGUACCUCGCCAUUUUAGAUUCUUAAGUCCAGAUAUCUACCACCCGAUUCACACAAUACAACAGUCUAAACUUUUAAAUAAACUAUACAUUAUUGAUUUUAUUUACACCCAUUGUUGCAAGUGUUUUUUUAAAUAUUGCACUCGCAGUAUAGUUCUUUGUACCACACUCAUGGUAUUGGCACCACAACUUUUCUGUAUAUGCUUGUUUAAUUUAGAGUAGUGUAUUUUUUGUAGCCCCUCUAUAUAUUUAACCAAACUAAUCAUGCAUUUGCCGUGUAUGUUUUGCCCUGUUUUAUAUAGCCAUACCAUGCAGCUGGCCAGUGUGUUUCACCUUAUAUUUUAUUAAUUUUUAACACGCUGUUGGUGCUUAACCUCUAAUAGCUGUACAAUACAAAAAAUGUAACAUGUCA